AUACUAUUGGCAUAGACCAAAAAGGCAACGGGGCUUUUUCCCAGAUUCAUCGCGUUCACGGUGUCGAUCUGGUCUCGUUCCCCUAAGCCGACGCUUGUAGCAAUUGUCUCGUUGCUUCUGCCUAGCGUGCGCCCACUCACGGAAGGUUGUCCCAACCUCCCUACGCAAGUCGUCCAGACCUCUGCAUGAGCUCCCAAGACGCGACCCCUGCCUACAUAACAGGACGUCUAAGACCAUGUACUACUUGCAACGAAAAGUUUGCUGAAGACGCGAUCAACCACAUCAGUGCUUGCAUCCUCGUCCGGUACAUCCUAACUCAGCUUUGAUUGUUGCUUUUUGGCUCGACGUGCUGCCACGGCACUCCAUCUUCGGAAACGGGAACUUUACACGAAAAGCACUUCACCUUCACCAUGCCAACCUGGCUCGUUCACGGCUUUCGGUGGCCCCGCGCGCAAAUUCGCAUUCAUGUCAUCCUGCAAAACCUCGACGAUGCUGCACCGGAAUGGCUAAUGGCUCCUGCCACUACGGCCUGUUUGAUGCAGAACUUCAAGCGCCAGUGGCCCCAAGAGAUGGCUGCGCUACCGGAUUUACGCUUCAUCGAACAGUACGAUCCCGAUGAUCUAACCGUCAAGGAUCAGCCAUACGCAUAUGUAUGCGAUGUAGUGCAUGAGAUCAAGCUCGGAGCGGAUGUGGAGGAGAUGAGGGGAGCGGGGCUGGGGGACGACCAGUGGGCGGCCAUUGCUGAACUCCGGGACAAGGUGGCGCCAGGAGAGAAACUGGCCUGGUUCGUUGUAGUCAAUGGCGAUGUCGAGAGAUGGGCGCCGCCCCUGGAGGAGGAGGACGAUGAUAUAACGCCAGAGGCCAGCCAUGUCAGUGCAUCAAGUCAUCGAAGCAGCAUGGCACAGUCAGAUUCAACCCGCAACAAGGAACCAGAACGCCCUUCUUCCAGCCGGAGUUUCAAGAAGUGGUUUGGUGGGAAAUUGAGGAAAACGAAGAGCGGAAGGAACCUGAGAGGCGAUACACCAGAGGAUCCGGUUCCACCAUUACCGCCAAUAUCUCCUCGUUAUGCUCUGCAAUCUUCUAAUGGAAAAGCGCCCGCGCAGCAGAAGGCGGCAUCGUAAACGUUGAUGAUCUACAAGUUGACAAGCACAGUAUAUCACGUGGUAGCCGACGAAUCGAUGGAUGCGCGCGUGGUCGGCGAGAUGUUUUCGCAUGAAAUCAGGUCCAACAUUUCCUAGUAUAAAUAUAACUAUCUGUCUUGAUUCUCGUAUCUCAAACCAUGCUUUAGGUAGUCAGAAGCGCAAGAAUGCUGAUUGCUCGACGUUG